GAGAAACAGAGAAAGAGAGAGUAAAAGCAAGGAGGAAAAUAAAAUGAAAAGCACAGUAGAAGGGGGAAAAACAAAAGAAAAAAAAAACCCCCCUUUUCGAGUUCCAAAAAAAUGUCAGAGAACAACUGAAGCAAAAUUGAGCUAAGGAAGCUACUCAGAAACCCUCUUUUCUCUAUCUCUCAUCAUCAUCAUCAUCAUCUUCUUCUUCUUCUUCUUCAUAAUUGUCAUCAUCAUCCACUUUCUCUUCUUUUUCUCUGCAAUUCGUCUCAUUCCCUGAUGAAUCCCCACAAAACAGAAGAUGAUCUCUUCCAUCACCACAACCACCACGAUCUGGGGCCACCACCACCGCCUCCCCAGAUCAUCUCCCAAUCUUCGCAUGAACACAAUCCCGACGACCCUCCAUUUUCGCUUCCCGAAGUCAUGCUCUUCCGCUCCUCAUCCUCCGCCGACUCACCCAGUCACUCAUCCGACGAGAACGACGAUUCUCUCUCCCACCCGCCCCACGGAGUACCCCAGACGCCUCCUUCAAACCCUAAAGUCCCUUCCCACUCAGUUGCCUACAUCAGUCCCGACCCCCACAUCUCCUCCCAGUUCUAUACCUUCAACGCCGAGUCGCACUCUCUCAUGAUCCGCUGCAUCGGCGAGCAUCGACUCGCGACUCCGGCUGAGAUCCGCGUCGCCACCCCACGCGCUGUCCUCAAGUCGUGGCGCGCCGUCUGGAAGGACCGGAACGAGGAUACAGCGUACCUCACCGCGUGGAAGCGUCAGGACAAGCUUACUGCCCAUGUCGACCCUACCUCCGGUAACGAAUUUAUCGAUAUCCCACACGAGUUAUUGGGUUCGGUGUCUAGGGAACUGUUUGAUAUUCUAAAUAAAGUUAGAAGCUUAGGGGAGGAGGGUCCCAAGUCUCUGGGGUUGCUGUCUGACAAGCCACAUUCAGAUGAUGUGCUGGUAGGAGAGGAUGAUUUAGCACAUUGGAGUGAUCACCGCCACGAACAGAUUUAUGGAAAUGGAAAAGAAACAGAGUUGAUUGACGAGGAUGAAGACAGUUUUGAGCGGACACUUGGGGAUGUUGUUCCUUGGGACCAGAUGAGAACAGAUUGUAGGAGUCAAAAGGAUUUAUUAAGCGAGUCCUGUAAGGCUGAUAAAUGGUUGAAGUGUAGCGAUUUCGAUGAUAAGAAUAUUCUUGACUGUGAAGAUACCAAACUAACCAAGCCCAUGAGACAUGACGAGGCUAUAGUGACAGAUGUAAGUCUUGUUGGUAUACAGGUUGAUAGUUUCUACCAGGAAAAUUCCAAAUGGUAUGAUUCUCCUUGUGGGUUGGAUUCCAGCACCGAUUGUGGAGACAGUGAAUUCCGACCUGGGGAGAUUGUGUAGAUUCUUGAAGAGCCAGGUUAACCCACUCUAACUUACUCAUGAGUCUAUAUUAUGCCCAUUUAUCCCAUUGCUCACACCUGGGACUGGGUUGUACAUUUAUGUAUACUGAAGAUUUGAUCCUCUUACAUGCUGUAGGUCUCUUUUGUGUGUUGCUCUGUAAAGUACAGCCAAUUUGGCUUCUCUGCACAUACCUUAUUUAUUACCAUUAUUUGUUAUCACUGUUCUGGACUUCAAUAGUCUUUACUCGGGUUCUUCUUAUAAUGAAUCUCAAAGAUGAUUUCCAUCUUCAAA